AUGCUAAUAAAAAGGACUUUCCAGCACCUGACUGUGGUGUUCUUGUUAGUGGUUUCCCCCGUGUUGUGUGAUGAAAGAACUAAUCGUACAAACUAUGAUGUUGACAUGUUAAGCCAUAGCAAAGUGUUAUCGAGACGAAAAAGAUUUCUUAUAUUUCCUGAAGGCAGCUCUUUUCAGCUAGUGUUCUGCAUCACGAUACCCGCGCUCGCUUUAGCCGAUAUAUUCCUAUACGGCUACACGGCUGCCCUGGCCUGGGAGCUGCCUCAGGACCCGUACUCGCCCUUCGAUCACAAGGCUGACCCCCUCCACCGAAGGGUUGACAUGAAGCAAAUAUACUUCACCGAUUACGACGGAAAGGUCCUGUUUAAGAAACCCUAUAAAAGAAGACCCAUCGUGAACCCGGCAAUUGCGAAACGCAGCGUCAACUCAAACGAAAAAGGAACACGAUUCAAAAUGGACCGGAAGCGGAUGCACACGGGACAUAAGCGGGACUUUUUGAAAACAGAACACAUGGACGAAAGAAGCGUCGAAUUUCACAGGAGCAGUCGCGCCUCCCUGUACGAUAAAAUAGAGGGGCUACUAAAAGCGAUGGGAGCCAAUGGCCGGUCUUGCCUACUGAAGACGCUAUGCCAAGUGGGUCAGACUCACGAUCACAAGCAAUCCUCGUUUCUGCAGGAAAUUAUGCGGACUGUCUUCACACUACCCAAAGGCAAAGACUUCGAGCUGGAGCGCCAUCAGGAGUACGACUCGGCCCAUUCGGUGGCCGAGUCGUGCGACCUCGUGUACCCUGACUGCGAGACGGCAGCCGCGGGACCUGUGUCCAGCUUUACACUUUAACCUUAAGCCAUCUUAGGGCGCACACGUGCCAACAGAACUAGGGGUCGAAGUGGUCGCCAUGGCCGAAAUCGGUCGGACCAAUCAUCAUCAAGCCCCAGUUUCAGCAUACUCUAUUAGAUCAUAACAAGGGAUUAGUUGUUGACUUUUGACACAUCUGUCAAGAAUUUAAUAUGGAGAUGACGUUUAAUUUAUGACAUUACAAUGUAAUAGGGGUGUUGAUGAUCUAACAGACUAUGGUGAAGCUAGGCAUAAAUUUGUUAAACAAGUUUUUAUGGUAUGGCCCUAAGCUAUUAGUUAGAAAAACAAUGGUUCAGUUAAGAAACUAGUGAUGACUGCAUGGUUAACGACCCUGCAUAAAAGU